AUGGCAGAGGCGCCUGCGUCAUCAUCUUCAACAGCUGCUGCUGGCACCCAGUCCAAUUCCGACACAGUCCAGGUCGUCCUCAAGAACACCAAGGCCCAGGGCACCCUCUACGCACACAUCACCGGCCGCGACAACAACGGACUCUUCAUCCUCGGGGCCGAUGGCCAGUCGCCGUACCGUCCAGGCUCGCCAUCCAAGGAACUCCAGCCCCUCGCCCAGGACACGGGCAUCGUGGUCGGCGGACCGGGCGAGUCGCGCACCGUCACCGUGCCGCGCAUCUUUGGCGCGCGCCUCUGGUUCAGCCGGGAGACGCCGCUCGAGUUCUUCCUCAACCCGGGCCCGGCGCUCGUGGAGCCCAGCGCGACCAACACGUCCGACGCCAACUACGGCAAGGACUGGGGCUUCUGCGAGUUCACGUACAACGAGUCCCAGAUCUACGUCAACGUGUCCUACGUGGACUUUGUCAGCCUGCCCAUCGCCCUGCAGCUGGAGAACCAGGUCGGCACCGUCAGGCGGGUGGAUGGCAUGCCCGCCGAUGGCCUGGCGCGCGUCGCAGACGGUCUCGAGGCGCAGGGUCGCCGGGACGGCCAGGGCUGGGAGAAGCUCGUCAUCCGCGAGGGGGGUCAUGUCCUCCGCGCGCUGAGCCCUAACUCGGCCGGCGUCCUCUUCCCAGACCUCUUCCGGGACUACUACAAGGGCCACGUCGACGCCGUCUGGGACAAGUACCGCGGCGAGAACCUGACGGUCAACACGCAGUUCACCUGGGGCGACGUCCGGGGCCGCGUCGGGGACGACGGCAAGCUGACAUUCUCCGACAACCCCGGGCUCGGGUUCGACAAGCCGACGGCGAGGGACAUUUUCUCCUGCAGCACGGGCCCGUUCGCGGCGGGCGAGGGCGUCACGGACGAGCGACUGAACAUUGGGGCGCGCCUGGCCGCGGCGCUGAACCGCUCGACGCUGCUCACGAACAGCAGGCAGCCCGAGGGCGAGGACGCGGCGACGUACUACAAGGACGCCGUCACGAACCACUACUCGCGGGUGUGCCACGAGACGACAAUCGAGAGUCGAGGGUACGCCUUCCCCUACGACGACGUGGGCUCGUCCCAGGGCGCCGACCAGAGCGGGUUCCUGAACGAUGGGGAUCCCAAGGUGCUGACGGUGGAGGUUGGCGGGAAGUAG